CUUCCCCUGCAAUUCUGGUGAAGCUCAUUGUUCUUCAGAUACGGGUAUCACACUCGUUACAAUUGCCCUCUUUUUUACCAUAUGUCGCCUGGUCGUGCGUAUAUGUGACGGCAAGCUUGGCUGGGAUGACUUCUGGGCGGCGUUCUCCAUUCCCUCAAGUGCGAUCAUGCUCACCGGAAUCCUUAUGCUGCUGGGUCCACCACCUGGGAUUGCAGUGGGCAGUUUCACGAUGAUAGCGUCGUACUACAUGGCUGCGUUCGGUUUCUAUGCAUCCGUCUGGUCCCCGCGCUUCUCCAUCCUCUGCACUAUCCUGCGCAUCGCUCCCUCGUACUGGAGGAUAUACCUGCGCGGGAUAGGUCUUUGCUUCGGUGCCAUGUGGCUUUUCCUCUUCGUCCAGCUCUUGAAACAUUGCGAGGAUGUGGGGGACACCUGGAAGCAUACGACAGGCCAGUGCGAGCUCGGGAAGGAUAUCGCGAUCACUCAGCUAGUCACCGACAUCCUCACGGAUUUGUCACUGAGCUUGAUCCCGGUACGCCUUCUCUGGCAAUCCAAUCUUUCCAAGGCAGAGCGGAUUCGCCUGAUCGUUGUCUUCACUUCCUGUCUGUCGACAACAAUCGUUUCCCUCGUUCAUGCGUAUUACAUCUUCGCCAACAUCGGUCUCAAUGAGAUCUAUUGCGCCAUCUGGGAGGCGUCUGUGAGCAUGAUCGUGGCUUGCUUGACCGUCCUUCUCGGCUAUGCCUCGCGACUGGCCAAGAAAUAUUUGCCCGACAGCGUCACCCGCACCGUCUGGCCAACGACCAACCCCUCCGGCUUCGAGCUCGCCACGCCAAAUCGUGGGCAGGCGAUCAACGUCGACAUCACCACAACUGUCUGGGCGGAAGACCAGACGGUCAUGUACGGCAAGGCGAGACCAGACGAAGAGCAAGGAAAGAGGUUCGACGACGAUCUACACGGUGAUCAGAAGACGUCUGACCAGGCUCUGUCUCGAUUCUGAACGCUGUUGAUCUGCAGCUUCAUCACGAGUCGUCAUUGACAUGUACAUAUACGGGGUUUAUACUUUACGGUUUGUUACUUCGGUCGGAUUGUUCAGGUGAAUAUAGAGCUGGCUUUGAAGGCACCUAU